CAUUCCACAAGGGUUGGUGUUGGGUGCAAAGUCAAAACCUAAGCAAGCUGCAAAUAACGGAACGUGGGGUCUGAACAUACGACACUGGAUACGAGGUUAAAACUAUUUAGGAUCAUUUAUUACAUACCUUCGAACGCGUAGGAACAUGGAGAGGACAUGGACUUGUCCGACAGUCCCACUUUCCAAUGGUCUGCAGAUGCCAAUAUUUGGAAUCGGAACAUCCCAUAUGGGUGGAUAUUCACAUGAUGCCAUAGUGUUCGCCCUUGCUGACUGUGGCGUGUGCCACAUUGACACUGCAAAGCGCUACAGCUGUGAGGAGCAGCUGGGUAAAACCAUCAGAGAGAGCGGGAAAGAACGGAGCAAACUAUGGCUCACCAACAAACUGUGGCCGGGAGACUACGGCUUCAAAGAGGCGAAGAAGGCCUGCAUGAAGUCCUGCUCAGCGAUGGGGGUGGAAUAUUUUGACCUGUUUCUGAUGCACUGGCCUGGUUUGUUGCAAUCUGAGGGCUCUAACAGGGAGGCGAGAGCAGAGACGUGGAGAGCUUUGGAAGAACUUUACGAUGAAGGAGUGUGCCGGGCGAUUGGAGUCAGCAACUUCCUGAUCCAUCACCUGGAGCAGCUGAAGGAGGACUGCAGCAUCAUUCCACAUGUAAACCAGGUGGAGUACCAUCCUUUUCAGCAGCCUAUUCAACUGAUGAAGUACUGUCAUCAAGAGGGCAUCAUGUUUGAAGGAUACUGUCCGCUGGCCAAGGGUCAGGCCCUGAAUGAACCCACUGUUGUCCAGAUCGCAGAGAAGUACAAACGUACACCUGCUCAGAUCUGCAUCCGCUGGAGUAUUCAGAAUGGAGUGAUUACAAUUCCAAAAUCUACCAGAAAGGAGAGGGUGAAAGAAAACUGUCAGGUGUUUGAUUUCCAGCUGGAGAAAGAGGACAUGGACAUGCUGGGAACACUGCACGACGGGAGACACGUUACUUGGGAUCCAACAAACGUUCCAUGAUAACAUGUUAUUGAUGAAGAAAUUAUACGACAAUCUAGAUACUAUUUCAAGUAGAACAAAACGCGGUGAAAACUUCAAUAUGCAAAUCGAAGUGUUUUGCGUGUCAUAUUUUGCACAAGCCUAAGGUGCUCUACAUUGAUUAUACGUGCCUGUGUGAGCCACUGGUUCAACCAGUUUGAAGAUGUUGAUGAAGAGUCAGCUCAAUGGUAUCUCAGUUACCUUACAAGUAUCGUAGCUCUUACCAGGAAACAAUGUCUUGUGCACAAGGCUGGACUGGUCCCACUGUAAUGCUUUCAAAUGGAGUAGAAAUACCAAUACUUGGUAUAGGUAGGUUUUCUUCUAAUAUUUUAUAAGAAAUACAGUCGUUUUUUCUUUACCCAUGUCUCGUAUGUUUGUACAAUAAAUACAUUUGCCCCACUGA